UGUGAUCGUACGACUCACGCGAGAUAGGCAGUGCUCCAUUUGUUAUCAUCGAUAUAAUUUGCUAAAUCGUAGCAUCAAGGACGUUGGAAAGUUGCUAGCAUGGGUGACAAGGUUUAUGUCAACGGUGUGUCUACUGCAAUGAACGGCGACUGCAAUGCAAAUGGAACCACGCUGACCAACGGAACGACGACGAUAACGAAGACGGUCGACCAGGAUGAGAAAAUUGCAGGCGUGUUCUACAAUGCACGGGAAGAAGCAUGGUACACCUACGACAUACUGCAGGAAAUCGCCAAUAAUCUGCUAUCGCGAACGCAGCUUCGACCAAAGAUUGGCAUCAUUUUAGGCACUGGCCUUGGAUCGCUGGCCGAUCAGCUCACGGAUGUAGACUACAUGGAUUACCAAACGAUUCCACACUUCCCGGUCUCGACUGUGGACGGCCACGUCGGUCGACUGAUCUUUGGCUACCUGAAGGGCGUUCCGGUGAUGUGCAUGCAGGGGCGGUUCCACUACUACGAAGGAUAUCCGCUGGCCAAGUGCUCCAUGCCGGUUCGAGUGAUGAAACUAGUCGGCUGUAGUCACCUGAUCGCAACUAACGCUGCCGGAGGUCUUCAUCCGCAGUACAAAGUCGGUGACAUCAUGCUGAUGAAGGAUCACAUCAACAUCAUGGGUUUCGCAGGCAACAACCCGCUCCAAGGUGCCAACGACUCCCGCUUUGGACCGCGCUUCCCGAACAUGGUGAACGCGUACGACUGGAAACUGCUCAAGAAGGCAAAGGAAAUCGGUAAAGACAUUGGCAUCGAGAAAGAUCUGCACGAGGGCGUGUACAUCUGCCUUGGCGGACCAAACUUUGAAACCGUUGCUGAGCUGAAAAUGCUACGAAUCUGGGGCGUGGAUGCCGUGGGGAUGUCGACGGUGCAUGAAGUCACCACGGCCGUCCACUGCGGGAUGACCUGCUUCGCGUUCAGUUUGAUUACGAAUCUCUGUGUGCCGGAGUACGAUCUGGAGGAAUCACCCUGUCACGAUGACAUUAUGGGAAUCGGCAAGAGCAGGGAAUCGAGGCUGUCGGAAUUGGUGGCGCGGAUGGCAAAGCAUAUCCACAUGGAACUGAAGAAGUGAUGGGAUCGUUCCGGAAUUUUAGCUCUCAGAUUGUAACACAAUCCAUCGUCUCCUCUAUAAUUAGGACAAACUAUUCUUAAAGAAAAUCAAUCACAAUUUCAGCGUCGAAUAGAGUUCGACUUUUUGUCAUUAUUUGGUUUUCUCUACUUGUGAGAUUAACUAGAUCGUAAGGCACUUUCAUAUUGAUCCAUUAGGAAGAUUUUC